AUGGGCAAGACGUUGCCUAUAACAUCCCGAGCCAAAACCACAGCUCUAAAACAGCCAAAGGAGCUAUUCACAUACACAAGAGACAUUGAAGGUGAAUAUCAUUACAAUGCCAACCAGUCUCAUGAUCAUCUCCCAUAUUUUUACUUACCUGAUAGCAAAGUGGACAACAGGAUAGAUUUGCAACUGGGGUUCAAAAAUUUCAAGAAAAUCUCAGAGGAAGCCAACAUGUCCGAUUUCGAGCCUUUACUCAAUGCCAUCAUGCAAUAUGAGCGUGAUGAAGUUGAAGAUAAAGUCGAAGGAGAUAUAAUCACAUUCAGAGGAAUCAUGACGAGAUUGAUGUCGAUACCGUAUAGUCCUGCCGAUGCUUUGGAUUUAGUGAUUGUCCCAUUUGAUGGACAAUUGUUUAUCAAUUUCAAUACUGAAGUUGAACUAAAACGACGUAAAGAACAAGAUGACAGGACUAGACAAACUUCACCAAGGGAGAAGUAUGAGUACAUCAAGAAAUGUGAAUAUAGCGGGUACAAAUUCGAAACUAUUGCCACUAUUCCACAGCCUUGGAAAGAUGUUCUGAGGAAAUAUAUUGAUUCACGCCACAAGAAGCCAGUCAACAACUAUGAACAAUUUUUGUCGGUGAUCAAGACAGGUAUAGGACCAGUCAAGUUGGUGUUGGCCGGGGAGGUUGAUUGUUGUUGGGAUUACGUGCCAGAAAGGACUUCCAAUUCGUUACUGCAUUAUGUUGAAUUGAAAACUAGUAAAGUAAUCGAUUCCAAUAACCAAUUACUCAAUUUCGAGAAAAAGUUAUUCAAGACUUGGUGUCAAUGUUUUCUAAUGGGGGUGGGGAAAGUAGUUUAUGGCUUUAGGGAUGACCAGUUUGUUUUAAGGAAUGUGGAAAUAUAUCAAACUGAAGAAAUACCCGUUUUGAUAAAGGAGAAUCCAUUGAAUAGUUUAAAACAGAAUCAGGCUACUAAAGUCAAUUGUACCAGUGCGUUGAAGUGGUAUGGAGCUGUUGUUGAAUGGUUAAAUGGCGCGAUUGACAAGAAUGAUGAACUGAUUAGUUACAAUUUAAAAUAUGAUCCUGUUAAAAAAAUUUUAAGUUUGAGUGAAACAAGUCAAGAAUUCAAUGGAAGAUUGAGAAAUGGGGGGUUAUUAGUGGAAGAGUUUAAGAAAUGGAGGGAUGAAAAGAAGAAAUAG